AUGGAGAGGGGGAGAGCAAGACCUGCGAGGAGUGCGGGUGGAGCGCGCGGGACACGCGGCUGGCGGCGCAGCGGGAGGGGCCGGCGCGGCUCGCGGGCGGGGGGCGCGAAGACGCGCACUGGGUGCGUGGAGGUCACGAGGACGAGGACGCGCGGGAAGCCCUUGAAGGGGUGUGCGGGAGGUAGGUAUGACGCGCGGGAAGCCCCUGAAGGGGUGCGCGGGAGAGUAGCGCGGGAAGCCCCUGAAGGGGUGCGCGGGAGAAGAGCGCGGGAAGCCCCUAAAGGGGUGCGCGGAGAAGACGCGCGGGAAGCCCCUGAAGAGGUGCGCGGGAGAGGAGCGCGGGAAGCCCCUGAUGGGGUGCGCAGGGAAGACACGCGGGAAGCCCCGGCUGGGGUGCGCGGAGAGGGGACGCGCGGGAAGCCCCGGCUGGGGUGCGCGGAGAGGAGGCGCGCGGGAAGCCCCGGCUGGGGUGCGCGGAGAGGGGACGCGCGGGAAGCCCCGGCUGGGGUGCGCGGAGAGGAGGCGCGCGGGAAGCCCCGGCUGGUGCGCGGUGGAGGUGCUUGCGUGCUCGCUGCGGGCGGCGCGGCGGAGAUGCCUGCGGAGGCGCUCGCGGCGGGCGGCACGGCAAGACGCUGCGGAGGUGUACUGUAUGUCGUGGGUGGCGUGGCGAUAUGGCAGGGACACCUGGCAGGUGUGCCCGGGCCAAUGGGGCGGACUCCGGCUGCUGCGGGCGCCGGCACGGGUCGGCCUCAGCGGAGGUGCAGUAGGAGACGCACGCUUUGGGAUGACUGCGCGCCAGCGCUAACAUAA